GCACAAGGCCCCAUGGGAAUGGGUGGGCCUCACCAUGGCCAUCACCAUCACCAGAACCACCCUCCGCAUGUCAACUUGCUGGCGCAACAACAGCUACAGAUGCACCAGCAAGCCAACAUCCAUCCACCACCACCACUGUUCCACGCGCCACAUCAUAUCGGGUCCAUGGUAAAUCCACAAGCGAACAGAACAGAUCCACGUGAUUCACAUACUCUGUUCUCCACGUUUCUCCGUUUCGAGCGAGAGCUGGGUAUUGAGUCGCUCUGCCUAAAUCUUCGUGAUGCGUUGUAUUCCGGCCCAUCCACAUUGAUGAACUUUGAUUCAUCCUCCAGCAGUGAUGCUUCAUCGGUAGCGGGGAGCCCCCCAGUUGCACCCAGCAACGAACCCCGGCCGGAGGUCAAGAUAGUAUGCAUUGUGCAUAUUCCGCGUAGGAUAAUGGAGCGAGUGGUCGCACUUCACCCAGAUGAGUUGGUUGUUGACCCCAAAACUCAGGAUGCGAGGACGCGUUUCAGGAAACUGCAUGGUAUCGAGGUUAGUUUGGAGUUGAAUGGAUGCCCUCCACUGCGUCCAGGGCUAGAUGCGGCAGACCAUGGUGAUAUGCAUGCGCAUGAGCACUGAGUGCUUGCGAAGUCGCACUUCUCGUAUGUUGUCGAUGGCUCUUUUUUAAGUUGUAGUACAAGA